UUAUUUGGUCACAACAUGUAAAUUAUUUUUGCAUUUAAAAUUAUAGUGCCCUUAAAUUAUUAGUGAUGUUAAAAAUUUUUAGGUGAAAGAAAAUUUCCGUUAAUAAUUUCGGCUUACAAAAUGAUUUUAAUACGUAUUUCAUGACAUAUGUUAUUAUUAAAAAUCUAAUACAAAUAAAAUAUGUGUUGCAUAUUCACUUACAUAUCAUGGAUUUUUGAUUUCAUUCAGAGGGUAUGGAGUUUUUUAAUGUCAUGCUGCAUUGGUGGGGCUGUUUGUUUAUUAUUUUUCAUAGCAGUUGCAUCAGGGAUAGCAUUUGGCUAUCAUUAUUCUAUUUCCGAAUUUUUAAAAUACAAUGAUUCACUUUUGUCCAUUAAUUUAAGACGUGAUAUCAACGGUCCUUUGGACGCGGAAACUUGGUGGCCUGAAGAUCCUAAGAGUUUUUUUAGGCGGAAUGGUCGUAAACAAUUUCAUGGACCAACUACAGAGGAAGACUUUGGUGUAGUUGGUGUGGAAGCUAUCACCACGACAGAAUCCACAACGACAAUUGAGGCAAUUGUUCCGAAAAAUCUUAUAUUCGCUAUCACCGCUAAAAAUGUUCCAUUGAAUGACGUUUUAAAACAGUAUGUACCAGGCUCCGUCAAUCAAAUGAAAACCGCAAUGGAUCAUAUCUAUUAUGUAAAUAAAGCGCGAAAACCAUCGAGAACUACGAGGAGACGUACAUCAUUAUCUUAUAAGCGGCUAUCAUCAAAAAGAAAAACCGUCAAGCCUUUCGAAUAUAUUUCUGAUUACGAAGAUAUGUUGAUGACGGCAAGAACAUUCACACCUAUAGCUCUGUUUUCUGAAUACGAUGAAAAUGAAAUAGAAAACUGGAGAAGAGUAGCACAGAGUAUGGUGUAUGAUUAUCCUGAAGUUCACGACACUGAAACGAAACCUAAAGAAGAAGCGUAUCCUAUUUAUGACAGAGGAGCUAUUAGAAAGGAAUAUACUGGUCGUAGAAAAAAAAUUAAAACCGCAUACUAUUUCAUUGACCCGUCUUAUCCCGCAACGAGAGAAGUGACUUCCAUUAAUCAUAUAGAUAAUACUAAUACCAAAUCAACAAAACGUUUGAAAUAUAUAUUUACAAAUACAAAGAUGUCGCAAGGAACUGAAAGUAAAGAAGAUGUGAUUGAAAAAGAUGAACGCGAUAAUAAAACACAUGAAUACUUAGGUAAAGUACUGGCAGGAUACGCCAGAUAGCCAAUUAAAGUGCGUUAUAAAAACGCAUUAAUUUUGGAUGAUAUUACUAAAGAGGUUAUAAACCAUUAUUGAAUACAUGGUACCUCUUUUGACUUAUAAAAAGUGCAAAGAUAUAAGUUAUAAUUAGCGAAAUAACAGAUCGCGGAAAUCAAUGAAAAGAAAGCGGAAAUCGUUUUUACAUUGCGCAAAUUAAAAGUCAUGUUAAAAAUUCAUUAUUUAUUUAAAGAAAUUGACAAAACAAAGCAAGUUGUUUUCUAUUUCAUAAAACAGCUAAGUCAAAUGG